CUGCUGGUCACACUCGUCCCGCUGGUUGUCCUACCGGAGGAGGGCCUCGGUCAGUGUCCAGUUGACCCACGUUGCACGUGUCAACCCAGAAACAAUUCCGACAUAACGUGUGGUAAAGUUUUCACCGGAGAACUACCAACACUUUUGCCCCCAGAUGAUGUGUAUUUUCGAUCCUUAACAAUAUACGGAUAUGGAAUUUAUUCCAUUGCAGAAGGGGCAUUCAAGAAGAUGCCUGUAACAAGACUGACAUUGUCAAGAAUACAGAUAUCUGAGUUGGAGUGCCAGGUUUUUGCCGGACUAGAAAAACUCAUUAACCCAGUUGACAGUUUCUUAUUCGAGACUUACUUCCAUGCCCAGUUGUGCGAUGAGAAAUCUGAAGAAACUGACGUCAUUUACGUUGACUGGAAGCAGAAUACCUACAAUUCGUCCAGACGACUUUUCAAACAUCACCUUGCUGGAAAGUCUUCAGCUCACAAGUAACUACAUUGAGAAGAUCGAGCCCAGGGCAUUCCGUGCACUUGUCCAUCUUACCGUUCUAAAUCUUUAUGCCAACAAGAUUGCAGGGCUAGACGAUUUUUCUUUCAGAGGUCUUACUUCUUUGAAAACACUAUCAUUACAGAAUAAUGCGAUUUCCAGUCUGCCUGUAAGAUUAUUUGACGAAUUAAUCAAUCUGCAACAACUGUAUGUGGCCUACAAUCACAUCGUGGAGUUAGAGGAAACCCUCUUCUCACGCAAUUCUAAUUUAUCGACCAUUUCUCUACUAAGGAACCAGCUGUCGAGUCUACCGGAGGAAAUAUUCAAGGGACUGGAUAAACUACAGACUUUGGUAGCUAGCUAUAACCGUCUGUCGGAUUUACCCCUGAAGCUGUUUGAAGGAUGUCCCAAUCUGAAUUCUCUAGAUCUCUCAUCAAACAUGCUUACGUAUCUUAAACCCGAAUUACUACGACCACUCACAAAACUUAAGACCAUAAACCUGCGAAACAACAGAAUCUCUGGCAUCUCUGACAACCUCAUGAAUGUUGUGAUGACUGAUGCCUUUAGCCAGUCAGCCAGCAUCGCUUAUAUUUAUCUGCAAAACAACAGUUUAUCGACGAUUCAACCAGGAGCAUUCAGGAAUUUAAUUUCUCUCAGAAAUUUAGGUUUGAGCCAGAAUAAAUUGACUGCGAUUCCACCGGGAGCUCUAACAAACUCAUCUAGUUUGCAGUAUCUCUAUCUGGAUAAUAACCAGAUACGGGACAUACCUCGAGAUUUCUUUGAACAACUGUCAUCUCGUAUAUAUACUCUGUAUUUGGACAACAAUCACUUGCUCACUUCUUCAAUCGUACCCUUGUUUGAAAGAUUACCAAAGUGGACUGGUCUACGUACUCUCCGUCUCUCUGACACAAAGUUACCUCCCUUAUCAGCAGAUGUCUUUACUGCUUUCGGUAGGCUGUCGACAGAACUCAGCCUGAGGAACUGUUCUCUAAAUGGUGAAUUUCCGCUUAACAGAAUCAGUCUACCCGGAAAAACAGAUCUCUCCAAUAAUAACCUAAAAGGUUUUGGUAAAAACACUCAGGUAAAAGUCUUCGGUAGUUCUGUCACUUUCAAUGUCUCUAAUAACGCCCUUGAGACGCUGGACGUCAUUGCCUCCAGUGGUCAGUGGAUCUACAUCUACGCGGAUAAUAAUAAUAUCCGAAAUCUGACAGUAACUGGACGUAAUACAGUAAACGGAGCAAGCGCAAGAUUAAGUAUGAGCAAAAACCUGAUCAGCUCACCCAUCAGGAUUACCACGAAUAUAACAAGGGUUUACCUCCUCGACCUGUCUAGUAACAGAUUUACCAGUGUGGAAAGUCCCCCAGUUAAUUUCACCCAGUCCCUGGAUCCAUGUGCGUUACGGAAUGUCAGCACCCUGAAUCUCUCUCGAAAUGCUAUACACGUUAUCUCACCUGACGCUUGUCUAGGAGGCGUUUUGACUCUGGAUCUGAGUCACAACCAGCUACAGACUCUCGGGGCUUUGAUUCCGGUAAACAGGAUAUCGGUGUUCAAACUGAAUGACCUUUAUCUAGCGGGUAAUCAGCUACACGCUGUGUCGCCAGAAACGUUCAUGGCAGCUAAUACACUACGAGUCCUUGACCUUCGUUCCAAUGAGUUCACUGUAGCCCCGAGUUUACAGAGACUUGUGUCUAACAACACAUUUAGAAAUCUCUACCUUUUAGGUAAUCCACUGCAGUGUGACUGUAGUGCAGCCUGGCUGAGGUAUACACCUAUCAGUUACAAAAUUGACCACGCCCGCUGCCACUCGCCUCCUGACAAAGAGUUACUCCUUGUACAGUGCUACAAUGUGACGGAUUGUGAGGCGAACAGGACGUCAGUGUCUGUGUCCUACUCCAUACCAACUGUUUGUAAAGAGGACUCCGCCAUUGUGCUUCGGGAUGUCACCACUGACACCGCCGGUGACGAUGUUGUCAUCCAUUGGUCAGUGCAUGGUCCAGGUACCAUUACUGGUUUCCGGCUGACAUACAGGGAAGACGCUGGAUCUGACGACGACAAGGAGAAUCUGUACCAUCCAGAGAAGCGCUCUGCUGUCCUGUUCGAUCUGGAGUCUGGUCACAGUUACAACGUCUGCAUAUGGGCAGAGGUAUACCCCGACUCCCGAACAGAACCGGUCUGUGUGCAUGUAGAGGUAUACCCCGAGUCGGUCCCGACUACAGAACCGGUCUGUGUGCAUGUAGAGAGCGUUGCUAACAUUAAUGUAGAAAUUAUGGCUCUGGGAAUAGCACUAGGUGUUUCUGUGUUGAUUAUUAUCGUGCUCGUGGCUUGUCUGAUCGUCAGGUCAAAGAGGGAUGUGAACAAGAAGUCUGGUGAAACCCUUGCCCGGCGAGGAAAUCUCUAUUCUCACGCUCAGGGAGAGGUUGGAAACACACCUGGUGUUGACUUAAUGUAUGAGAAUAUAGAGUAAUAUAACUAUGUCAUGUCAGAAGCCGACCUACCGGCAUCUUAAGGUGUUAUAUCAGAUAACAUAUGCACAGGUAAUCAGAACAUUAAAUGAUAAUGUAACGAAGCGAUGGGUGCUAUUCGUAAUAUAAGAGACCACAGCAUAACGAGUAAUCAUGAACCACAGUGUCGUAGUUUCCUAAAAUCACGUGUAACCGGUGAAAUCUGCUUACGUAAGUGCUUAUAAAGUGGAAUGUUACAAGCCUCUCUAUCGACAAAAUUUGAGGUACAGAUAUGCAGCGUUGUCCCUAACAAUUUAUUAAAUGUCACUGGUCUGGAAUUAGUCAAAAUUCUUUGUUGUCGUCACAUUUAACAAACAAUGUUGGGAAAACUAUAAUGUUUAAAUGAUUCUUGUGUGAUAUGUAAUAUUGGUAAUAUGCUUGACUAAUAGUCGUGUAGUAUGUAAUAUGUAAUAAUAUAAUAAGAUGUUUGACUGAUUAUUGUGUUAUAUGUACAUGUAUCAUUCGUAAGUUGAUUCACUCAUUUUUGUAUAAUAUGUAAUAUUCGUAAGAUGUUUAAUUAUUAUGUAACAUGUAAUAUUCGUAAGGUGUUGUGUCGUUGCUUGAUAUGGUCAUUAUGGCUCACAAAAGCCACCGUAGAAUUCAAAUAUUUGAAUGUUUAU